AUGAGAUUGGAUAUCAAGAGACAACUCUUUGCUCGCUCGGAGCGAGUAAAGGGCAUUGACUUUCACCCUACAGAGCCAUGGAUCCUGACAACAUUAUACAGCGGUCACGUAUACAUAUGGUCUUAUGAGACUCAGUCCAUCAUCAAAACCUUCGAACUUACCGAUGUCCCCGUCCGCGCUGGGCGAUUUAUCGCUCGAAAGAAUUGGAUAGUCUGUGGCUCAGAUGAUUUCCAGCUUCGUAUUUACAACUACAACACCUCCGAGAAGAUCGCUUCAUUUGAAGCGCACCCAGAUUACAUCCGCUCCAUCGUCGUCCACCCAACCCAGCCGUUCGUGCUUACCGCUUCCGAUGACAUGACAAUUAAGCUUUGGGACUGGGAGAAGGGGUGGAAGUGUGUCCAAGUAUAUGAAGGCCAUAGCCAUUAUGUGAUGGGUCUAUCUAUCAACCCAAAGGACACGAACACAUUCGCCUCGGCGUGUUUGGAUCGGACCGUUAAGAUUUGGAGCUUAGGCUCACCGCACGCCAAUUUUACGUUGGAGGCCCACGAAACAAAGGGUGUCAACCACGUCGACUACUACCCCCAGGCGGAUAAGCCUUACCUCCUCACUACUUCCGAUGAUAAGACUGUGAAGGUCUGGGAUUACACCACGAAGGCGCUCAUUGCAACUCUGGAAGGACACACAAGCAACGUUUCUUUCGCCUGCUACCACCCAGAACUGCCAGUUAUCAUCUCUGGUUCUGAAGAUGGAACAAUCAAGAUUUGGCACGCCAACACAUAUAGACUGGAGCAGUCUCUAAGUUAUGGUCUAGAAAGAGCGUGGUGUGUUUCAUACCAACGGGGUAGACAGGGCGUUGCGCUGGGUUUCGAUGAUGGAGCUGUUGUAGUGAAGAUGGGCCGAGAGGAGCCAGCUGUUUCAAUGGAUGGGUCAGGAAAGAUCGUUUGGGCGCGACACAGUGAAGUUGUGUCCACGGUCAUCAAGGGUGGUGACGCUAGUGUCAAAGACGGAUCGCCAAUUUCUCUUCCGACCAAGGAACUGGGCUCAUGCGAAGUUUACCCCCAAACGCUGUCCCAUUCACCUAAUGGGCGUUUUGUCUCCGUCUGUGGAGAUGGCGAAUACAUUAUCUAUACCGCCCUUGCCUGGAGAAACAAGGCGUUUGGCCAAGCUCUGGACUUUGCUUGGGGCUCAAAAGACAACAGUAACGACUACGCCAUCCGGGAGUCGCCUACCAGUGUCAAAAUAUUCAAAAACUUCAAGGAGGUCAGUGGUGGCCUGGAUGUAGGCUUCCAGGCCGAAGGCCUUACAGGGGGUGUCCUACUUGGUGUUAGAGGACAGGGAGGAAUUGGUAUGUUCGAUUGGGAAACUGGAAACCUUGUUCGACGUAUCGAGGUUGAGCCGAGAGCUGUCUACUGGUCCGAGUCUGGAGAGCUGGUUACCCUUGCUUGCGAGGACUCAUUCUAUGUUCUGCGAUUCUCUCGGGAGAACUAUGUCAAUGGGUUGAAUGAAGGCGAAGCUGAUGAGGACGGCGUUGAGUCCGCGUUCGAAGUCGUUACCGACGUUAAUGAGUCUGUCAGGACAGGUCAAUGGGUCGGGGACUGCUUCAUCUACACGAAUUCUACGAACCGCUUGAACUACCUCGUCGGCGACCAAACAUAUACGGUUUCGCACUUUGACCAGCCCAUGUACGUCCUUGGUUAUCUGCCUCGCGAUGGCCGAGUUUAUGUUGCCGAUAAGGAUGUCAACGCUGUCUCGUUUGCCCUGUCUCUUAGCAUGGUUGAAUAUCAAACCGUUGUGCUGCGUGGAGACAUGGAUCUCGCGGCGGAGCUGCUUCAGGAUAUUCCCAAGGACCAGAUGAACAAGGUUGCACGGUUCCUUGAAGGCCAGGGAUAUAAAGAAUUGGCUCUGGAAGUUGCAACCGACCAGGAACACCGCUUUGAGCUCGCCCUUGCUCUCAACAACCUCGACAUUGCCCUUGAUAUUGCCCGUGAAGCGAAUGCGGAACACAAGUGGAAGAUCGUUGGUGAUGCAGCCUUGUCAGGAUGGAAUCUUUCUCUCGCGCAAGAAUGUUUCGUUAAUGCCAAGGAUGUUGGUUCCCUCCUACUUUUGCACACUGCUAGCGGCAACCAAGAGGGUCUACGAGCGCUCGCCGCGCAAGCUUCGGAAGCCGGUCUCCACAAUGUUGCGUUCUCCACCCUUUGGUCCCUCGGAGAUCUUGAUGGCUGUAUCGACCUGCUUGUCCGCACUAACCGCAUCGCUGAAUCCGUACUCUUUUCUCAGACUUACAAGCCUUCUCGAGCACCCGAACUUGUGGUCAAGUGGAAGGAGUCAUUGGAGCAAUCUGGCAAGGCAAAGAUCUCCCGACUUAUUGGUGUCCCGCCAGGUGCACCGGAUGUUAUAGCCGAUGAUGACUUGUUCCCCGAAUGGGACGAGUAUCUCCGUCUAGAGAAGGAAGGUGUUGUUACCGAGCCAGCAUCAUCGGGCUCCCUGAUCGAUGUUGAUGAAGGAGAAGCUGAACCUGAGACGAACGCUUCGCAGGAGGUAGAGGCAGAGGCAUGA